AUGGAUAUAGCAACAGGUCCCGAGUCGUUGGAGAGGUGCUUCCCUCGGGGGCAGACGGACUGCGCCAAGAUGUUGGACGGUAUCAAGAUGGAGGAACAUGCCUUGCGCCCCGGGCCCGCCACCCUGGGGGUACUUCUGGGCUCUGACUGCCCGCAUCCCGCCGUCUGCGAGGGCUGCCAGCGGCCCAUCUCCGACCGCUUCCUGAUGCGAGUCAACGAGUCGUCCUGGCACGAGGAGUGUUUGCAGUGCGCGGCGUGUCAGCAAGCCCUCACCACCAGCUGCUACUUCCGGGAUCGGAAACUGUACUGCAAACAAGACUACCAACAGCUCUUCGCGGCUAAGUGCAGUGGUUGCAUGGAGAAGAUCGCCCCCACAGAGUUCGUGAUGCGGGCACUCGAGUGCGUGUACCACCUGGGCUGCUUCUGCUGCUGUGUGUGUGAGCGGCAGCUGCGCAAGGGCGACGAGUUCGUGCUGAAGGAGGGCCAGCUUUUGUGCAAAGGGGACUACGAGAAGGAGAAGGACCUGCUCAGCUCCGUGAGCCCCGACGAGUCUGACUCUGUGAAGAGUGAGGAUGAAGAUGGAGACAUGAAGCCAGCAAAGGGACAGGGCAGCCAGAGCAAGGGCAGUGGAGAUGAUGGGAAGGACCCGCGGAGGCCCAAGCGACCCCGGACCAUCCUCACCACACAGCAGCGAAGAGCAUUCAAGGCCUCCUUCGAAGUCUCCUCCAAGCCCUGCCGGAAGGUCCGAGAGACGUUGGCAGCGGAGACUGGCCUCAGUGUGCGUGUGGUCCAGGUCUGGUUUCAGAACCAAAGAGCAAAGAUGAAGAAGCUGGCACGACGGCACCAGCAGCAGCAGGAACAGCAGAACUCCCAGCGGUUGGGCCAAGAGGUCCUGUCAAGCCGCAUGGAGGGCAUGAUGGCUUCCUACACGCCGCUGGCCCCUCCACAGCAGCAGAUCGUGGCCAUGGAGCAGAGCCCAUACGGAAGCAGUGACCCCUUCCAGCAGGGCCUCACGCCACCCCAAAUGCCAGGUGACCACAUGAACCCCUAUGGGAACGACUCCAUCUUCCAUGACAUCGACAGUGACACCUCCCUCACCAGCCUCAGCGACUGCUUCCUUGGCUCUUCCGACGUGGGCUCCCUGCAGGCCCGCGUGGGGAACCCCAUUGACCGGCUCUAUUCCAUGCAGAGUUCCUAUUUCGCCUCCUGAGAGCCAGCCAGGCUGCAUGGACGCUUGGGCCUGGGCCUGGGGUGGGACUACAGGCCUCUGCAGCCAGCUGGCCCCCCCCACCCAACUGCCCACCCACACGGACUCUACAGACAGCCAUACGGUGCCCUCCCCUUGGCCAGCCGGGCCUGGCUUAAGUGCCCACUGGGCACAGCUGGACAGGCAGAUGGGCACAGCCUGGGCAGGGAAUGUACCCUGCCCACAGAGACCUUGUGACCCCUAGGGACCCAGAGCUUUUGGGCAGCCACUCGCCUCCCAGACUGUCGACUCCAUCACGUCCUUUACCCUCCCCUUCUCUUUUUUUGGGAAGCUCAAAUUCUCUCUAUUUUUUUAAACAUCCACUGUGUCCAGCCAACCUCCAUGGCCCCCCAUGGCCAGCCCUGGAAGCAUGGCAUUGUGAUGCAGUGCCUGGUACCAGAGAAACAGGUGUGUCAGUGGCCUGGGCUGGCACCCACCUCCCCUUCUGAUCAGUGCAGAGGACAGUUUCUGAGAUCCUAGGAGGCAGAGGGUCACCGCUUCCAGCCAGAGCCUGCAGCAGAAGCGAGGAGUCGUCAGGCAGGUGUGACGGGCUCUGUGGCCUUGCCUGAACUGGGUGUUACAAGAGGGGACACGUGGCAGAGUCCAGGGAGGCCAAAGGCACAAAGACACACUCGUAAAGGCACCCACACCUACAAGCACACCUGCGUAAACAUGCAUGUAGAACUGCAUGUAGAACACACACACACAUACACGUGAAAGAGCUAGACAGAUGCUCCGCAGUCAGCCGUGCCUUGUCAGGAAGGGCAAGGGAGGUCAGAGGGCAGAGCCCACCUCAUAGAGCAAUUGGAUCAGGAGGAUCCCAGGCUCCACCCAGGCUGGGGUGCCAGGACAGGAGGGUAGCACGGACGCACCCAGCUCCCGAGACAGAGAUGGAGCCCUCAGAACCAGGUAGAAGGAGACCCACAGCAGAAGCUCCCGCUGGAAAAGGAUCUCCUGACUCACCAGCUUGAUGUACUAUCUGAUACUUGAUUUUCUCCCCUCUGCCUAUCCUUAUACAAGGCUGGUGAGAAGGAGCCCACUGCCUCAGGGGCCCCAUGCCCCUCUUGCUGGCUUGUCCUGGUCUCUCCCUGUCAUUAUUCCUUUCUUAAAGCCAGGCUGAAACUAAAUCCUGGCAGGACUCCUGCCUUCAGUUCAGGGCAGCUGCAACUCAACUUUCCCACAGUGAGCAGACCCAUUACCUCCCCUGCUUUUGGCACCUUACCUCUGCUAGUCUGAUCUGAGAUUCAGCUAGUGGUUUGGGCCUCAUGACCUUGGGAACCCACCUUGUCUUUCUGUAAUGAAUCCCCUGGGUCUCACAAGCACAUGAUGACAGGUCACACCUCUUUCUGUGUACCUGGGAUGGGAGAGGUUGCUGACUUCUUAGAGCCCUGAGAAAGACCAUGGAUUAUUGCCUUUCUUUUCCUUGGUUCAAUCAGCUUGGGGUGUUACUUGACACCCAUCUGACUGCUGGUAUUCCCUCCCUCCAUCUCAGCGGGUAAGAGGUUGGGGCUCACCUGAAGUGUGGAAACCAUUGACUUACCAGUCCUUACUCAGAACAUUUCAACCCCCUUACCCACAGAGGCUGAAAAACAUUCUUAAUGAGCUGGAAGCCAGGCACCCUGUGUCACCCCAGACCCCCCAACUCUCCCUGCCUAAAGAGGAAUCAAGGGUGGGUCUGUCCUUGGUGACCCCCAACUGGCCCCUGGAAGUCACUGUGUCCUGGACCAGGUACCCUGGAUGCUGCAUUUGACUUAAUGCUGAGCCUUAGACCCCACCCUGAGGUCUGCCCAGCUAUCCUCUGAGCACAUGAGGACUAGUCUCUCUUUCCACUUUGGGCUCCUGUACCUGGUUGGCUCUGGAGCCUACCACCCUGCUGUGUGGGUUUCUUCCUCUAUCCCUGGGGAGACCUCAGACCCUCUAGAAUGUUCUAGACUGAUCUCCUCACCAUCUGGGCUUCCACUGUCAACCCCACUCAGCUGGCAGCAGACAGAGUUGUCAGGGGGAAAGAGGCAGCUCCCUGUUACCCGUCGGUGCGAACUGCCAGCCUGGCCUGCCUGUGUUCCUCUGGUUACAAAGAACAUCACUAAGCUCUUCAACUGAAGUCCCCUGUCCUGAGCCAGCCUCUUUUCUGGGAUUAACCUCUUUCCCUUCUGGCACAGGCCCCAGCUGAGUCAUAGAGGAGACACUUGGGGCAGACCCAGGGUUAGACACCAGCCCCCAGGAGACCCAGCAGUGAGUUGUGUCUGUCACCCCUCAUGACAACUGAGAAACUUGAGCCAGGAGAGGGGCAGGGAUGUGCCCAGGGUCUCACAGCAAGGUAGCAACAGAGCUGCAACCCGGGAAAGACACUAGCUCUGUCCCCAUCUUUGUACUACAAAUGUGUUCUCAGCACACCUGCCAGCCCCCCCCCCCGAGGAUCCUCCCUUUUUGUUCCAGGGCCUCCAGACCCCAUGUCCAGCCCAGGCCUCUGCUGUCCUCCUGCUGGUGUCCCUAGCCAGGAGCUCCUAUCAGGACACUUCUUAAGUUGUUAGAAGAGGGACUCGGCCACCAUGCCAGGGUGCUCUGGCAGCAGGCUCAGGACUGUCACUGUGUGGCCUGCUAUCCUGCUGAGACACAAGCCCAUGCCAGUCCUGGCCUGCUGUGGGGAUGAGGGCAUCUGUCCUGGAGGAGAGGUAGUGCUUGUUGCAGCCUAGUUAGGAACCUCGCUCAGGUAGGGGAGCUGGGGCUGAAAAGGGAGCUGUGUGGGGUUGACUAGGGUGCUGUGGGGGGUUCCCUGAAGCCUAGAGAAGCAGAGGAGUAUGGGAGUAAGAGGAAGAAAGUGAGAGGUGGGCAGGAGUGUCUCAGAGAAAAGCUAAGUCUCCCUUCCUGGCUGGGGAUGUGACUUGAGGGUCAAGUAGAGGAAGGAGCCUGCCCAGGUGUCACACAGGAGGGGCAAGAGGUCAGGCUUUGUCCCAGUCAGGGCUCCAUCUGCAGGCCCAGUGAGGCUUCCCUGUGCUCUGCCAUCCUUGGACACUCACAAAGACACCACAUACAGACAACUGGUGUGAGGGUCAGACCAAGGGGCUGCACAGCCAGGAGAGGAAGGGCUGGCACAGGGCAGCCACCAUGGAGGCUUCCUGGAGGGGUGGAUGUCGAACACCAGGAGCUGUCCCCCACAUGAACAGGCCCAGCAGGUCCACGGACAGCAGCCUCUUUCUUAGGGACACUCCUUGCACCCCCUUGAACUGAGACCACCUCCCCAGCCCAUCCAGAUGACCUCUCUGCCCACAUAGGGAACAUGGGGGAACAGAGAGUGGAUUUUGAGCUCUGGGCACCCCUGGGGCCACAGGGAUGCUGCAGCCCAGGGCUGACUCUGCUGUGGGGAAGGGCAUCAUGCUCACACAUGCACAUGCACACACACUCACACCUGACACAUGGAGGUUCACAUGUGGCCUAGGAGAGGGCCAGCAGGAAGGACCCUCCAUCACGUGACCCUCGAUGGGACCAUUGCCAGUGAUCUCUGGGGUGGUGCCCUGCCUGGGGUCCCUCGGGAGUGGGGUGCAGCCAGGCUGGGGCCAGGCCACCUGUCGUAUUCUUCCGUUUUCCUUGUACAGACUCUGCCUGCCUGCCAUCCCCACACACAUUUUAUUUAAUAACUUGUCAUUGUUAAAUUAUUUAUUAGCAUUACCACGUCACCACCCCUGCCCUCCACUCUCACCUUCUGUCUCUUCCCACAAAAGCAGAAAAUGGAAACAAGGAGAAAAAGACAAGAUGUUGGUAUAUUUGUAAAUAAACAACCUGUACACGCU